ACAAAUUUAAAAUAUCUAUUUCCAAUUCUUAUAAACAACACAUUUGUUGAAGUACUCACAUAUUUCCCUUUGAUUUCAUGUUAAUGGAGACCACCGUUAAACCUCCACAGUCGUCACUCUCCUUACCAUGGAAAGCACGCAUUACUCUUUCCGUCCUCUCCACUGUCAUUGACGCAGCUUGCCGGAAAAACGGCACAAUCAACCGUCCUAUUCUCACCUUAAUCCACAUCCGGAUCCCAUCAUUAUCAAAAUCAAUCAAUGGCGUCGCAUCACACGAUGUCAUUGUUGAUAAGACUCGUAACCUUUGGUUCCGAGUCUACACACCUACACAACACGCCGGUGAAGAUCUCCCAGUGAUCGUGUACUUUCACGGAGGCGGAUUUAUCAUGCUCUCCCCCGAUGUUUUCCCUUACGACGGCAUGUGCCGCCGCAUCGCGAGAAAACUACCAGCUGUUGUUGUUUCUGUGAACUACCGCCUUGCGCCGGAGCAUCGGUAUCCGGCCCAACAUGAUGAUUGCUUCGAUGUGCUGAAGUUUCUUGAUGAUGAAGAGAACAGGUCUAAAUGUUUGCCGGAAAAUGCGAAUCUAUUGCGUUGUUUUCUCGCUGGAGAUAGCGCCGGUGGAAACUUAGCUCAUCACGUUGCUCAACGAGCCUGUGAAUUCAACUUCCGACGACUCAUGGUCACCGGAGUUGUAGCAAUUCAACCAUUCUUUGGCGGCGAGGAGCGAACGGACUCUGAGGCUCGCCUCGCCGGACACCAAUAG